AUGGCGGGUAGAAUAGCUUUGGCCUUUGGUGGCCUGUUGUCUGCUCUUUUGGCAACUACACAUGCUCAAAAUACCACAUCAAAUACACCAAAUGCCACCACAAGUUACCGUCCCAUUUUCACUGUCCCCGCCGAUGCAGACGCAUCUGUGUUGUUACUACCCAAUAUUCUCGACUCGGAAGCUGUCAACGUUCAGGAUGUAUGCCCCGGAUAUAUUGCUUCCAAUGUCAUGAGAAAUCCAUACGGAUUUACCGCUUCACUCGCUCUCGCUGGCAAGGCGUGCAACACCUACGGAACUGACGUCAACUAUCUCAACCUUACAGUCGAGUACCAAUCCGCCGAUCGACUUCAUGUCCAAAUCACACCAAGUUUCGUUGAUGCAACCAACAGCUCUUGGUUCGUACUUCCGGAGCAGUUGGUUCCUGCGCCCAAGUUAGAUGCGGAUGCCGAAGAGACAGCAGCCCAGAACGACUUGGAUUUUGUCUGGAGCAAUGACCCGACUUUUGGAUUUUCAGUCAUCCGUCAAUCAACAGGAGAUGUUAUUUUCUCUACUCAAGGCACUAAACUAGUGUUCGAAAACCAAUUCAUCGAAUUCGCUAGCUCGCUUCCAGAGAACUAUAAUCUAUAUGGUAUGGGUGAGGUCAUCCAUGGCUUUCGAAUGGGGAACAACUUGACCCGAACUUUCUGGGCAGCAGAUGUUGGAGAUCCAAUUGAUUACAAUAUCUACGGCGAUCAUCCGUUUUAUCUUGACACUAGAUAUUAUGAAGUCGACGAGACAACUGGGAAUCUCACUUAUGCCGCGAAUGCAACCAACUCUAGUGCCGAAUACGUAUCAUACUCCCAUGGAGUUUACCUCCGCAAUGCUCACGGUCAGGAAGCAUUGAUGAGAUCUGACAACAUCACGUGGAGGACCUUGGGUGGUAGCAUUGACCUCUUCUUCUAUGCUGGUCCAACUCAGAAGGAAGUGACCAAGUCUUAUCAAAUGACCGCUACUGGAUUACCAGCGAUGCAGCAAUAUUUCACUUUUGGUUUCCAUCAAUGCCGUUGGGGAUACGCCAAUUGGACUCAACUUCAGGAGGUUGUGGAUGAGUUUGCUGCUUUUGGUAUUCCACUUGAGAACAUUUGGACUGAUAUCGACUACAUGAAUCAAUACCGAGAUUUUGAGAACGACCAAAAUACCUUUCCAUACGCUGAAGGAAGAGAUUUCCUCACCAAGCUUCACACAAAUAAUCAACAUUAUAUACCCAUCGUUGACUCUGCGGUUUACAUACCAAAUCCUGAGAAUGCCAGUGAUGCAUACCCACCAUUCCAACGGGGUAAUGAGACGAAUUCUUUCAUGCUGAAUCCAGACGGAAGUCUGUACAUUGGUUCGGUGUGGCCUGGUUAUACAGUCUUCCCGGAUUUUAUCGGAGCCGUUCUCAAUGGUACAGGUGCAUUGACCUGGUGGGCAAACGAGAUUGCAGAGUACUUCAAAGAGAUUCAAUUCGAUGGCAUCUGGAUUGACAUGAGCGAGGUGUCUUCUUUCUGCGUUGGCUCUUGUGGUAGUGGAAAUCUCACUCUCAACCCUGUCCAUCCACCAUUCGGCCUUCCCGGUGAGCCUGGGAACAUCGUGUACGGUUACCCAGAGGGGUUUAAUGUUACCAACGCUACAGAAUUUUCGUCGGUCUCGUCAGCAUCGGCAGCAGCUUCGUCUUCCGCCGCGGCAGCUGUAUCAACCUCAGCAUCAUCCGCGGGAGGUGUAGACCAGCCUAUAUCGACAACUGCCACUACUACUCCUUAUGUCCGAACUAUCCCGACGCCAGGAGUUCGCGCUAUUGAAUAUCCUCCGUAUGUCAUCAACAAUGUUCAAGGCGCUCUUGAUGUACAUGCCGUCAGUCCAAAUGCAACCCAUCAUGGCGGUACUCAGGAAUACGAUUACCAUAAUCUUUUCGGACACCAAAUUCUGAAUGCGACAUAUCAUGGAUUGCUCCAAGUAUACCCAGAAAAGCGUCCGUUCAUCAUCGGACGCUCCACUUUCGUAGGAUCCGGAAAAUGGGCUGGACAUUGGGGAGGUGACAACGCGUCUCUCUGGGCUUACAUGUUCUUUUCCAUCCCACAAGCUUUAUCCUUUGCACUCUUCGGCAUUCCCAUGUUCGGCGUAGACACCUGCGGCUUCAACGGAAACUCUGACGAGGAGCUUUGCAAUAGAUGGAUGCAACUCAGCGCCUUCUUCCCCUUCUACCGUAACCACAACGUCCUCAGCGCCAUCCCCCAAGAACCAUAUCGCUGGGCUUCCGUCGCCGAAGCAUCAAAGACAGCUAUGAACAUCCGCUAUCUCCUCCUCCCAUACAUGUACACCCUCUUCUACCAAGCCCACACCUCAGGCUCUACCGUCAUGCGCGCGCUCUCCUGGGAGUUUCCAAAUGACCCAACCCUCGCUUCCGCAGACCGCCAAUUCCUCCUCGGCGACAGCCUCAUGAUCACACCCGUACUCGAACAAGGCGCUUCUUCUGUUGGUGGUGUCUUCCCUGGUGUCGGCAAGGGCGAGGUCUGGUAUGAUUGGUAUAACCAAACUGCAAUCCAGGCUGGACCAGGUGAGAAUAUCACGAUCGAGGCGCCGUUGGGGCAUAUUCCGGUUUAUAUCCGCGGAGGAAGUAUUCUACCGACUCAAGAACCGGGGUAUACUACUACGGCGAGUCGCAAGAAUCCUUGGGGUUUGAUCGCAGCGACGAGUCUUGAGGGGACGGCGAGUGGCCAGUUGUAUGUUGAUGAUGGCGAAAGCAUCGUUCAGAAUUCGACGCUUUUUGUAGAUUUCUCUAUCACCAACUCCGCCCUCUACGCUUCUGCAAGAGGAACGUAUAACGAUACGAAUCCGCUCGCUAAUGUUACUAUUUUGGGCGUGAAGAACGCGGUGAGUAAUGUUACGUUUAAUGGGGCGAUGUUGUAUGGUGGAUGGGUGUAUAAUGAGACGAGUCAAGUUCUGGAUGUGAAGAAUUUGGGGAAUUCGACGGUGGGAGGGGCGUGGAAGAGGGAUUGGGUUUUGAGGUGGAUGUAG